UUAUAGUAUCUUUUAUUGUUGGAAAAAAUGAGUGCUAUGGCUACUACAGUUGCUGGUUUAGUUUUAGUGUCCACGGUAGCUGCAGUAAUGCUGAUUAUGUCAUUGGUGGACGGACAAUUAACCACAAAUUCCACGGCAACUACAUUAAGCGGAAAUCAAAAUAACGCACAGUUGAUCGAUCCAAAUGGACCCAGCGUUCAGUUCGUUUUAUUUACCAGACAUAAGUCCCCAAUUAAUCUUAAAAUUGGAAACGAGGAGCUUUUCAAACAAUCCGGAUUUAAUACUAGCAAUCCCACCAAAAUUAUCAUACAUGGCUUUACAAGCAGUAUCAAACAAGACGUUUUUACUAUAAUUAGAGAUGCAUACCUCUCAACCGAUGACUACAACGUCAUAGGUAUGGACUGGUCCGUACUGUGCGAAUUCGAAUACAUAUCGGCCAUGAACGGUGUGCGCGAAGCAGGUCAGUACCUGGCCGACUUCAUAAAAUGGUUGAAAAAUAUGGGGGUGUCAUUGGACGACAUCCACCUAGUGGGCCACAGCAUGGGCGCACACGUGGCUGGUGUUGGGGCAGGGAGGGUCAAAAACGGAAAAGUCGGUAGAAUAACAGGAUUGGAUCCGGCUAGACCUGGCUACAGAGAUAACAGAUUAGAUAAUAAAUUGGAUCCGAACGAUGCAAUACUCGUCGAAGGACUGCACACGUUCAUACAGGUGCUAGGACUUGCAGAAACUGUCGGACACGUCGAUUUCUAUCCAAACGGUGGUGUUGUCCAACCUGGAUGUCCAGAUUUACAAGAUUUAUGGAAAAUCGGUGAAACGCUGGUAUGCAACCAUGGUAGAGCCUACCGUUUAUUCGCAGAAUCUAUAAGAGAUAAAAAUGCUUUUAAGAGUAUUAAAUGCAAGUCUAUACACGAGGCUGCUCUUUCUAAAUGCACUGAAGAUUCUGACGUAUAUAUGGGUCAACCGGAAACGUAUAGUGAUAAUGGAAUUUAUUACUUCAAAACCAGAAGUAAACCACCGUAUAGAUUAUAAAAUAUUCUGGAAAUAAAUGUAACAAAUUUUGUAAAUUAAAAUAUACUUUUUGUGCUAAAAACUAAGAAGGUA